AUGAUUGAGCCUUCCUCCUUCUUUCCCUCCUCCCAGAAAAGGCUCUACAUCAACUCCAUGGUCAACAUUUCCAGAUGGGCCUCUCUCCUCCAGCUUCAGGUUCACUACCACAGCAAACCCAUCUCUGUCAAUGUUUGUAUCAACAACUGCACCAGCACACUCAUCAAAAAAAUCAAGAUUUCAGUUGACCAGAUCACAGAUGUUGUCCUGUAUUCACUAGACAAGUACACCAAGACUGUGUUCAUUUAGGAGUUCAUGGAGACUAUAGCUGCUAACUCUAGUUUCUCCAAGAGCUUUGCAGUAACCCCACUGCUGGCUGCCAACUGCAAGAAACAGGGCUUGGCACUGGAUGGAAAACUCAAGCAUGGUGAUACCAAUCUGGCCUCUAUGGGGGAGCUACCGAGAGGGGGCAGAGGAUCUGAGCUGGGAGGCAGUGAAGGGAUUGCUUCUAUGAUAUCGGGAAAAGGAGGGAAUGUGAAGGAUGCCCAGAAACUGCUUCCUAACCCUGCAUGCCCCUCUGCUGCUUCUGCAAGCUCUGAGGACAGACUCAUCCAGGAGUUUACCCAGUAGGAUCCUGGCGAGGAAGAGAGCCAGGAGGCUUUGGCGGAGGAGGGGGACGAGGGGAGCUGAGCACCUGGCUCUGGCGCUUGCGUGGGAGUGCUGCUGUAAUGCUCUAAUAAAUCAGCUUGUCCACACGUGGCUGGCGAUCUCUUUGCUAUCUUCUUCUCCAGGAGGGUAAUGGAACUACUGAGGAUGAGCUCCCCCUUCCUAAUAAUUAGCUCACCCUGUAGCAGGUGCUUUCCACGUAAAUGACCCUAGCCUUCCUUCUGGCACGCUGCCAGCCCUCUGUGAGUCCUUCAAGUUUCCCUCCGGGUGCCACCCACUGCUUUGGAGGAGGGACCUGCUGCAGCUGCCUGCCAGUGGGCACAGCUAUGCUCCCAGGCUGAGGGAUGGUGCAAAGGUGGUUUGAAUAGCAGUUGGACAGAGAACACUGUGUGAUUUCAGGCAGCUGGCCGCAAUAUACUUCACACACAGCGAGGCCCACUGCAAGGACGGAAGCUUGGGCCUGGAAACCAUCC